UAGAACCCUUCCAUCAAGAGGUUUAGGGAAGUUUAUGGAACGUCUUAGGAAUUUGGCAAGUCGUCUCAGAGGUCAGGUGACAUUUAUCAACGUCUCCCAGGAGAGGAGAGACUGUCUUUAAAGAGACCAGCAGAACCUUCAAGUGAGAGUUUGUGCCUGGACCCAAGAAGAGGGUGACAUAGCCAUGCCUGAACCAGCAAAACCGGUGGGGAAAAAGGGAGUUGGACCAGCUAAGAAGCCAGCACCAAAUGCAGCUAAGGCGCCACAACCUGCUGCCAAUGAGGCUGCACAGUCUCCACCAGCUGAGGCCCCAACACCUGCUCCAGCUAAGGCCUCACCACCAGCUCCUGUUGAAGACCCUACAUCAGCUCCAGCAGAGGAAUCAGCCCCAGCUGAGACACCUAAAGAGGAGCAGAAAGAAGACACCUUUGAAGAAUUUUCAACCUACGAUGUAUCUGAUUCUGGAUCAUAUGACAUGUCGGCAUUACUUGUGAGGAAACCACAGGAUAUAUCAGUGGAGACAGGAAGAGAUUUUUCCGUACAAAUUACUGUAAACGGCACUCAUCUUACUGCAAAGCCUGGAGUUAAAUGGUUUAAAGGAAAAUGGCUGGAACUGGGAAGUAAGAGUGGGACUCGUUACAAGUUUGAUGAAAAUUAUGACAAGGAAAAUAAGCUCUACCAUUAUCAAUUGAAGGUUUUUAAGGCCAUUAAAGCAGAUAGUGGGUCAUACAGAUGUGAAGUGUCUGCACCCGAUCAACGUGAAAACUGCACCUUCAAUGUUACAGUAGAAGUUGUGCAAGAUGAUGGAAAUAUUUUACAAGCUUUUAAGAGGACAACCAGUGCAGACGGAAAACGAAGGGAUGAUGCUGGGGAACUUGAUUUCAGUGCUCUCCUCAAAAAAACAGAAAAGGAGAAGAAGGAGCAAAAGGAAAGGGAAAAGAAAAAAGGAGGGGAUGAUGAUCCCAUGGAGAAUAUCCCUCCACAUGUCUGGGAAAUAUUGAAGAAUGCUAAACCGAGCGAGUAUGAAAAGAUUGCUUUUGAGAAUGGUGUCACUGAUCUUAGAGGCAUGCUGAAGCAUCUGAAGAAGAAAAAAGUUCAGAUAAAGAAAAGUGAAGCUUUUACAAGAAAACUAGAUAAUUGCUAUACCGUAGAUAAAGGCCAGAAAAUGAAACUACAGAUAGAAGUCUCAAAUCCUGAUCUUCCAGUUAAGUGGCUGAAGAAUGGGCAAGUGAUAGCACCCAGCGCUAAAUACGUGUUUGAGAACGUUGGCCUGAGAAGGGUACUCACCAUCAACAAAUGUAACCUGGCAGAUGAUGCAGAAUAUACGUGUGUUGUUGGUGACGAGAGGUCUGCCACAGAACUGUUUGUGAAAGAGCCUCCUGUUACAAUUGGGAAGCCACUCGAUGACCAACAAGUAUUUGUGGGAGACAAAGCGGAACUGGAGGUGGAGGUUUCAGAAGAGGGUGCCCAAGUUAUCUGGAUGAAAGAUGGCAUAGAGUUGACCCGUGAGGAGACAUUUAAAUAUCGUUUCAAGAAAGAUGGAAAAAAACACAUUUUGAUCAUUAAUGAGGCCACCAAGGAGGAUACUGGUCGUUACACAGUGGUGACCAAUGGUGGAUCCUGUGAAGCUGAUCUUGUAGUGGAAGAUAAGAAGCUAGAGGUCUUACAGGGAAUUGCUGACCUGACUGUAAAAGCAGCCGAACAAGCCGUCUUUAAAUGUGAGGUUUCUGAUGAGAAGGUGACUGGCAAGUGGCUUAAGAAUGGAGUGGAGAUCAGACCCAGCAAGCGCAUCACCAUGACACAUAAGGGCAGAAUCCACAAAUUAGUAAUUGAUGAUGUCAAGCCAGAAGAUGAAGCAGAUUACACCUUCGUUCCGGAUGGAUAUGCAUUGUCACUCUCUGCCAAGCUCAACUUCCUUGAGGUCAUUAUUGAAUAUGUUCCUCUCGAAGAACCACCCAGAAUCCACCUAGACUGUACUGGUGGAACCCCUGUAAAUACAAUUAUUGUUGUGGCUGGAAACAAGCUGCGUUUUGAUGUUCCUAUCACUGGAGAACCUGCACCAACUGUUACUUGGUUCAAGGAAAAUGUGGAGUUUACUGAUAUUGAAGGACGAGUUCACAUUGAGCCUAAACAAGACCUAAGCAGCUUUGUUAUUGAAGGAGCAAAGCGGGAGGAUGAAGGCAACUAUAAAAUUCUGGUUACCAAUCCUUCUGGAGAGGACAGUGCUACGUUAUACAUCAAAGUAGUAGAUGUUCCUGACCCUCCACAGAACAUAAAAAUCACAGGUGUUGGAGAGGACUGGGCUGAUGUUAUUUGGGAACCGCCAAAAUAUGACGGCGGACAAGAAAUCUUAGGAUAUUUUAUAGAACGGAAAAAGAAAGGCAGUCAACGUUGGAUGAAGAUGAACUUUGAGGUCUACAAUGACACUAAAUACCAGUCAACAAAUAUGAUUGAAGGAGUCUUAUAUGAAGUUAGAGUCUUUGCUGUCAAUAUCAUUGGCAUUUCUCUGGAAGCAAACACUACAAAUCCGUUCAUGCCCAUUGCUCCUACUAGUGAACCUCUACACUUGAAGGUUGAGGAUGUCACAGACACUACCUGCACUCUGAAGUGGAGACCACCAGAUCGUAUCGGAGCUGGAGGCAUUGAUGGUUAUCUGAUUGAGUACUGCAAAGAGGGAACUGAUGAAUGGAUUGAGGGCAACAAGGAGCUUGUGGAAAGAUGUGGAUACACUGUUAAGGGUCUUCCAACUGGUGAAAAACUUCUCUUCCGUGUGCGUGCUGUGAAUAUUGCAGGCAAAAGUGAGCCAGCAAUUUUCGGACAGUCGGUUACAAUCCGGGAGAUUGUGCAAUCACCGAAGAUCCGAUUACCACGGCAGCUGAGACAGACAUAUAUUAAGAAAGUAGGGGAACAUGUCAACCUAGUUAUUCCCUUCCAGGGAAAACCAAGACCACAGGUCACUUGGACAAAAGAUGGCGAACCACUGGAUCCUAAGAAAGUUAGUAUCAGAACUUCCGAGUCGGAUACCAUCAUCUUCAUACGGUCCUCUGAGCGCUCACACUCAGGAAAAUAUGACCUCUCUGUGAAGAUUGAAAACAUGGAAGACUGUGCAGCAAUAAACAUUCGUAUUGUGGAUAAACCUGGCCCUGCUCAAGCUGUGAUGGUGAAAGAGGUCUGGGGAUUUAAUGCCCUGCUGGAAUGGCAGCCUCCCAAAGACAACGGAAACUCAGAAAUCACAGGUUACACCAUUCAUAAAGCUGACAAGAAGACAAUGGAAUGGUUCAUUGUAUAUGAGCACAACCGUCAGCCCCGCUGCACAGUUUCUGACCUUAUCAUGGGAAAUGAAUAUUACUUUAGAGUGUAUAGUGAGAACAUCUGUGGUCUGAGUGAGACCCCCGGUAUUUCCAAGAACACAGCCAUCAUCCAGAAGACUGGUUUAGUCUACAAACCACAUGACUAUAAUGAGAAAGAUGUAAGCAUGGCUCCUAAGUUCCUUACUCCUCUGGUAGACCGGAUUGUGGUGGCUGGAUACAGCACAGCCUUAAAUUGUGCUGUGAGAGGUCAUCCAAAGCCUAGGGUGGUCUGGAUGAAAAAUAAAAUGGAGAUUAAAGAUGAUCCCAAAUUUCUCAUGAAACAUAACCAAGGCGUACUCACCUUGAAUAUCCGCAAGCCCAGCCCCUUCGAUGGUGGAACCUACACAUGUAAAGCCAUCAAUGAGUUGGGAGAAGCUGAGGUUGACUGCAGACUGGAAGUCAGAGUUCCACAAUAAAUACAGCCUGGUUUAUGUAAUGAAAGAAGUGACUCAGCUCAGGAACUGGAUGAGUUACAAGCUGGGUUUUAUCCUCGCAAGGAAAGAAAGAAAAGUGUUUCCAUCGCACUUUUUGUAUUUUAAAUCAUUUAUGUUUUAUCAUUGCUGAUGUAAUUUGUGCAUUUUUACAUGAGAACUUGUGAUGUAUGAGAAAAUGGCUUCUCUAUUCUUACCAUUGCUGCACUUUCUGUAUUGUAACAAUAUGUUGUUCUUUGUCCUUAUACCACUGUAUGCAGUAUUAGAUAGGGCAUGACUGGUGAAACAUUGAGCUUUUGAAAAACAUGUAAUUGUUUCUGAAAAAAAUGAACCAAUGUGUAAACAUAUACAGAUGAGCUAGGAGACAAUCAGUUACUUGGUUGUGUAAAAGGGAGGUCAAUGUUAUUGUCUGGUAUACAAUGAAUUAUGCCGCGUGUUCUUAACGUGGUUAAACACUGAGGGGCUGAUUCUGAGUUGGAUGCAAUGCCCACAGAAAGGUACUGGGCGUUCCUGGACAGUGACUGGGUACUGGGCUAUUCAGACAGUGGAGUCGGAGUCUUAUGGGUGUCUCAUGGGAGUGUCACUAGUGUGACACAUGCAUUAGAGCUCAUACUCUGACAGAGAUUCUGCACCUAUCAUGGGGCAGGAGCUAGUUUUCAAUGGUGCAUCUGAUGGAUGCAUCUAAAGAUGCACCAAGUGGGAUUGUUGAGUCUAAAGAUAUACUAGGUGGGAGUCCUGGUUCUUGCAUGUUUAGACGCAUGCUUGUACACCAGAAGAGCUUUCACUAGCAUAGCGUAAAUUUGUAGAUACAAGCUAUGGUAAGAUGCUAAAGCAGACGCAGCAGUGUGUGACUCAAAAUCAGCCCCUGAUUGUUUUGUUUGCAUGCUGCCAUUCAUAUACUGAUGUAACUGAGUUGUGGAUGAAUUGUGUAGUCUAGUGGCACUAUACUCUGCUUUGUGGUAAAAUUGUUGAAGCUACAGAGUUCUAUUUGUAAAAGGAUUUGUUGGGGCACAGCUUUGGUGUCUUGUUUAUGAAGUGCAAAAUGUCCAAGGCAUCAUACAAUAUAUUUUAUUUGAAGGUGCUGAGCACCUAAUUUGUGCCAGAGCAUCUAAAUUCAUCCAAAGUUUAUGGAGCAUUUGAGGAGGAGCAGACGUUUAUACCAGCUAGUGGUAUAGUUGCAUAGAGCAGGCAAAGCACAGGGCAGGCCCACCGGUGAGGAGCAGGAGUUAUACCAUCCAGUGGUAUCGUUGCAUAGAGCAGGCAAAGCACAGGGCAGGCCCACCGGUGAGGAGCAGGAGUUAUACCAUCCAGUGGUGCCGUUGCACAGUGCAGCCAAAGCACAGGGUGGGCCCACCGGUGAGGAGCAGGAGUUAUACCAUCCACUGGUGUCGUUGCACAGUGCAGCCAAAGCACAGGGCAGGCCCACCAGUGAGGAGCAGGAGUUAUACCAUCCAGUGGUGUCGUUGCACAGUGCAGCCAAAGCACAGGGCAGGCCCACCAGUGAGGAGCAGGUGUUAUACCAUCCAGUGGUGCCGUUGCACAGUGCAGCCAAAGCACAGGGCGGGCCCACCGGUGAGGAGCAGGAGUUAUACCAUCCAGUGGUGUCGUUGCACAGUGCAGCCAAAGCACAGGGCAGGCCCACCAGUGAGGAGCAGGAGUUAUACCAUCCAGUGGUGUCGUUGCACAGUGCAGCCAAAGCACAGGGCAGGCCCACCAGUGAGGAGCAGGAGUUUAUAUCAGCUGGUGGUGUAGUGCACGCAAAGCACAGGGCAGGCCUACCAGUGAGGAGCAGGAGUUUAUAUCAGCUCGUGGUGUAGCGCACGCAAAGCACAGGGCAGGCCCACCGGUGAGGAGCAGGAGUUAUACCAUCCAGUGGUGUCGUUGCACAGUGCAGCCAAAGCACAGGGCAGGCCCACCAGUGAGGAGCAGGAGUU